AAAUUGGAACCUGGGAGAGUCCUGAAGUGAGUGGCGUGCAGCCGCUGCCUAGGACGUUUCACACGUCCUCGGCAGCCAUAGGAGGCUGUCUGUAUGUGUUUGGAGGGGGAGAUAAAGGAGCAGAACCAGUUAAAGACCAGCGGCUUCACGUGUUUGACACAGCCACCUUGACCUGGUCCCAGCCAGACACUCACGGUGAUCCCCCCUCUCCUCGGCACGGACAUGUUGUGGUUGCAGUCGGGUCCAAACUCUUCAUCCAUGGAGGUUUAGCUGGAGAUAUUUUUUACAAUGAUCUAUUCUGCAUUGAUAUAAAUGACAUGAGGUGGGUUAAGAUACCAGCCACUGGUGACGUCCCAGGAGGACGGGCAUCCCACUCAUCAGCUGUGUUUAAAGACCACGUGUACAUUUUUGGUGGAAUAGGUCCAGGCGGGACACUAGAUACCACAUACAAGUACCACACAGAGAAGCAGCAAUGGACGCUCCUACGGUUUGAUUCCCCUCUGCCUGCUGGGAGGCUGGACCAUGCCAUGUGCGUCAUUCCCUGGAGGGCUGGGAAGAGUGGAGAUGGGGGAACCAUCACCUGGGAGGGUACAGCUGUGAAAGAGUCAACAGCAUCAGAAGGUGACAAAGCUACACCGCUCCAGGAGGAGUGCGCUGAAGACACAGUCGUGCAUCUGCUGUUGAUAUUUGGUGGGAUGGACAUGGAGGGGGACAUUUACAGGGACUGCAUUGUCAGCCUGAUUGAAUAG